AUGCAAAAGAUGUCAUCCUUGAAGCUCAUGGCAAAGCUCUCUGCAGCCCUCCCAACCAAAACAAUAACUGACAGAGGCGCUCUUACCAGCCUAAGCACUAGAGUUUUUGUCACUGCUGCCACAAGACCUUUGCAAUCCAAGAAGGAGGACGACGAGGCAGAUGCAUGUGAAAAGACGAAAGAAGCAGCAGAUUCAGUCAAAGAUGGAGCUAAAGAAGUGAGACAUACCUGUGAAUUCAUGAGAGACACUAUCGAAAAGACUACCAAAACAAUGACCAAAAUGGCCAAAGAUACGACAGAGAAGAUAUCUGAAACAGCAGAUAACAUCACAGACAAAACAAAGGGCACAGUCUCAGGCGCAUGGGGAGUGGCCAAGAACACUACUGAGAUUAUCAAGGACAAAGUAGUGGGCAAGUGA